AUGAGAUUAUUGUAACCAAAUGGAACAUAAAGAUUAAGCAUUCUAUUAUAUAAUGGCCAUCCAUAUCUAUAAGGUAAUCAAUAAAUUGCAUUGAGUAAGAAUUCUUCAUAAAUAUGUGGGAAGUAAAAAAUAGGGAAUAAUUAAUUUUAUAAAGCAAUCCAAUCAGAUACUUUGAACUCAUAAUUUAUUAUAAUAGAGGUAAAUUAAUUAAUUAUUAUGAAUAGUCUAAAGAACAAUGUUCCAGUUUGGAAAUAUAUGAAUUUAGUAAAGAUUUCUAUCACAAUCAAGGAGUCAACAAAUUUUUUAGAAUUUAAGCUUUUGAAUGUUUAAAAAGUUUUUAUGAGGCUAGACUUAAAUAAAAAUUGAUAAAUAAAUAUUCUGACCGAUAAUUUGAUAUGUUUAGAUUAGUGAGCAUUUCAAUUUUUCUAGGAUUUCUUUUAUAAAGUUGA